UGAACAGCUUUGCUGUAGGCAUGAAGGGACACUGGCCCAUCAGAGCUUCUGCACAGCAGCCACCUGGAAGGCUCUACAUUAUAGGCAGUAGCUGCCUGUUUUCCACCUUUCUUCUUUGUCUUCUUUUUUCAAAGGGGACCAUAGGAUUCAUCAAGUUCAUUUCUUUAUAACACAUGGGUCAAAAUCCAUCUGUCAAUGAUGCCUUGUUCCACACGUUGUUUUGCAUGUUUGACAAGAAGGAAAUGGCAAAUACCUACAGAGGCAAGGGCAGCUGUAAAUUUUUCUGCCACACAGAUUGAUGUCAGGUCUGAAAAUGCCACACUGGGGGAAUAUGGCUGAACAAUGGAGUGUUGAAGAGGCAGGUCUUCAAGGGGAGUUUCCACUUUCUCCACCUCAGCUGCUCUGUGAAGUCAGGGAUUACCUGACUCAGUGCCUCUCUGUGUCCCAAGUAUGGGCUUCUUCCUUUUGGCUCUGCGAUGCAGAACCUUUUCACUGCUUCCAUGUGACUGAACUCUCAAGGACCCUGAUGUGAAAUAUUUUAACAUAGCUCCUGGUGGAGCAGACAACUUUGGAUUUACAAAUGUGAAAGGAGAGCUUUUCUUUUGGCGUUUUAAACACCAACAAGUAGGCUGGAAGGAAAGAAGAAAAGGAUUAAAAAAUCAGCAGAAAUGGACUUUAUUGUAUAAAAUGGGGUUGCCCCUGCUUUUUCCCUUGCCACUGUCCUCUCUCCUAUGCCCUCAGAAGAGUGAACAGAAACGUGUGUUUCACUUGUAGAUGAAGUAUCACUGAUGAAAGAGCUCUGCCACCAAUGGAGACAACUGAGUGGCCAAGCUCUGCUGGAUGUCACGGAACGUAUCACAGUGCUUGUGGAAUGGGCUCAUGCCAGGAGCCCUGAAGCGGUCGAGCGCUACGCCCUGCCCGUGCUCUGGUCCUGCCUGGAGAACAAGGCGCUGCCUGUGCGAAGCGCCAACGUCUGCCCUGUGGUCACCAAGCUGGCCUGUGCCCUCUGCGAGGCACUGGGCAGCCAGAUCAUUAAGUUUGCUGACAGCACACCUCCACACGUGCAGGAAAACCUCAACAGCCUUCUGGGCUGGUGAAGGUUUGAUGUUCUCCAGAAAGCGGACAAAUUUCUGAGCUGGACACCACCGGACGUGACUUUUCAGCUGUGCCAGAAAUGACAAAAUACUAAGGAAGGGUGUGCACCUGCCCCCGCUCUGUUAUCAGCAUUGCCCUUCCUAGUCAUGACAUGGGGGGCCUGAAGCAACAGCAGACAGAUGACGAGGUAAAGAUGAAGUAUGGAUCAGCCUCAAGUGAAUCCAGACAGAGGAAAAGGUGAAGACUAAGCAUGGAUCAGCCUGAAGCAACUGCAGACUGAGGACAAGGUGAAGACCAAGCAUGGAUCAGUCUCACACAGAGAUACGACUGGCUACAGUCUUUCCAAGAAGUUUUCUCUGGACAUUUCUGAUACUCCCUUACCAAGAAAGUCCUUGCCUCCAGUCCAGAAAUGCUCUUUCCUCCAAGAUCAGGAAGAAGCUGCCAACUGUCCAAAGAAUGUUUCAAGAAUAGGAUUUAGGCUUUAGGAUUAUCAAGAAUAGGAUUCAUUAAGAAUAGGAUUCAUCAAGAAAAGUAUUCAUCAACAAUAGGAUUCAUCAAGAAUAGGAUUCAUCAACUAUAGGAUUCAUCAACAAUAGGAUUUAGGAAUUUGGAAUAGGUUUAGGCUUCAUAGUUGCAGAUGUAUCUAUGUUCUGAUAGUUUUGAAUAAAUGUGUUUGAUUGUAUAUUUAAAUUUUGAUGACAUAUUUUAAUUGUAUAUAUUUUAUUUUGAUGAUUUAAAAAAACUUUAAUGAAUCAAUUAAAUUUAAAUAAACCAAAAGAAGAAUGUGACACCAGGA